AUGAUGAUGUGCCGUGUGAUGUGUGUGUUGGCCGUUGUGCUGUGCUGCGCCUGCGGGUAUACCAUGGCGGCUGCUGCUGCUGUUGAUAAUGACAGUCCCAGUGGCCGUGGUGUAUCCCGUGGGGCUGUGGAGGUGUCGUGCGGGGCCGGCGGUGCGCUGCGUGUACGCCCCGCUGCUGAGAGCGAGUGGCUUACAUGCGGUGCGGGCAGCCGUGUGUCUGCAUGUGGGAAGUACGCAGACCUCUGCCGCCAGCGUACCGCAAGAACAGCAACAACAACAACAAGGACUACUGUUAAUGCUGGACAACUAAAGGCGGUGAUGGCCUGGAUGGGUAGUCGUGAAGGUGCUCUAGACGAGGAUAAGUGGAAAACGAAGAAGAAUCUGGAGAACCAGAAAGAGCUGGAGAAGCAAAGGGAGAAAGAUAAGCUGGAGAAUGCUAAGGUUACAGUUUUCCCUGAAGGUCAAAAACAACAAUUAGAGGAGAUGAAAAGUAAGAAUCUCCACGUAGAUGUGACCGAAGGAGAAGAUAGAGUUUCACUUAGACAACAACAAGAAGUACAACAUCGUCAGCAACCAGGGGAACACAUGAAGUCUGUAAUGCCGAAGAAAACUGAGCUUCAACAAGACGGAGGUAUACCUGAACAAGAAGAAGAAGAAGUACGAGAUCAUCGGCAACAACCACGUGGAGACACGAACUCGGUAUCUCAGAAUGGCACUCAGCUUCACCGGGAGAGAGAAUUAGGCACUUCAUCAGUGUCUACUGAAGUGCAAGAAGAUCUACCUCAUCCUGAAGCUACAAAACGCUCACUAACAGGUUCUGCGGACUCAAGCAGCUCACCAGAAGCAGCGUCAGAAGCAAGAACAACAUUAUCAAAGCCUACAGCCAUAAGCACAGCCGGAGAGGUUAAUUCCAAUCACGACCAACCGCAAACUCAGUCUGAAAACACCACAGAGAACAGUAAUACCAAUGAUGGUAAUCCUUCACAGAAUCAUUCUCCAACAGAGACGAGUACACUUACCACCCCUAAUCCCACACAGCUGUCUGCUGCAGCUCCAGGUACGACUGGCACAGAAGGAUCACAUGAGAAUGCCAAUGCUGAUUCAACGGCCACCACCACUAAUACUACCACAGAAGCACCAACCACCACUCCAUCUCCUGUUCCUGCACCUAACGCAGAGAUCAGCAGCACUCCUACAGAAGCGCCAACUACAAACAGUACCAUUCCAUCUCUUGUACCCAACGCAGGGAUCAGCAGCAUUGCUUCCACAGUACAGAACAAGGCUAAUGCUGACAGCGGUGUCAAUCCUGUGUGGAUGCGCACUGCAGCACCGCUGCUGAUUGUGGCUGUGUUGGUCUCCGUUACCAUGUACUGA